GCUUUGGGCUUUGCAGGGUCCUCAUUCGCUGCUUCUGCUGCAACCUGGAUCGUGCUGCGUUCUCCCGGUGCACGUUUUACAACUCAAAUAUAUAUAUUUUUUACUUGCAGAAGAAAAUAGCGGACGUUAUUCAUCUUUUUGUUGCAGUUAUUAUUUUUUAUGCCAACUAAAAAUGCAGAAUGCAGUGUCCAAACAAUAUAUUUUUACAAUAUGGGACAAGCAGUAGAAAAUAGAUGGAUGGAUGGAAUAUAAUCCACAGCAAUUUAUUCACAUUUUGGACCUAAGGAGGUAACCUCCGUAACGUCAACAGUGUUGUCAUGGCGCGUGUUUAUGUCCUCGACGUGGGCAGCUGAAGCUAGGAGGAGGUAGAAAACUAGGUGGCAGAAUGGGGAGGAGAGAUAACAGAAGCAAGACCGAUGAUUCUGAGUCCUCGUGCAAGGACAUGGUUGAAUCGCUUCGCAUCGAAUUCAAAACGCAGACAACUGCUGUUCUUCUUCUGAGAUCCCCCGAAGAAGACAUUUUGAUCGUAGCGUGUGGAGCAAUCUACAAAUUUGCAGAGGAAGGAGAUGGUAAUAAAAUUCACCUGAUGGAUCUUGGAGCAUUGGAGCCUCUUUGUCAGCUCGUCAAUCACAGCAACAAGAUGAUCAGACGCAAUGCAAUCAUUGGACUGGGCGUCAUGGCUACCAACAGUACAGUGAGAAAUAUCCUGCAAAACAUCAACGUCAUUCCAUCGAUCAUCGCCAGGCUGUCACUGGACGACACUGCCAUUCAAGAGUUUGGGACCCUAUACCUGGCCUCACUGUCUGUGGAAUCCUCCUGUAAAUUCCAAAUCGUGGACAACCAAGGCCUGCCAGUAUUGAUCAAACUCCUUUCCAAUUCAGACCCAGAUAUUCAGAAGAACUCUCUGGAGACCAUCUUCAACUUGGUUGACGACGAGCAAAUCUGUCCUGUCUUCAUCGAAUUGUGCGGGAUCAGUCAUUUACUACUCCUGCUCAAAUCAGCAUUCAGCGUCAUUCAGCAGCUGGCUCUGAAAACAAUGCAGAAGAUGGCUGCCAAUCACAAAGAUACCCAAAUCACCUUUCGGGAAGAGCAAGCGCUUGAUAUAUUCAUCAAUAUCAUCAAUGAUAAGGAUUUAAUUGACCUCCAUGCCGAGACCUUGCAUGUUAUAGCCAACUGUAUCGGUGACAUGGAGAGUUUCCGGGUGAUCCAGAAUUCAGGAGGGCUAGCCACGCUAAUGGAGCUUGCCCAGACCCCUAAGUUGUCCGAAAGCAAAUGCAUCAAUAAUGAAAUCCAGGCCACGGCUGUGAACUGCUUCACCAGGGCUACUCAGAAUUGUGACCUCCACCAAUUUCUGCAUGAACAAAAGGUUGACAAGGUUCUGGUAGAUCUCUUGUCUUCUGGAUGCACAGACUGCAUAAAAACAUACGCUUGUCAAGCUAUGGCCACCUUGAGCUGCUUCCUGCCCAGCAAAGGCCUCUUCAGAGAUUUAGGUGGUAUACCCGCUGUGGUGCGGUUACUGAAGAGUAAGAAUUCAGCGAUGAGAGAGCAGGCUAUCCAGGCCCUGGCCAACCUCACAUCAGAAAACUACAUCAACACUAUGGCAGUAUUUAAGGCAGGAGGACAUAAAAUGCUUGUGCAGAGGCUCUGCGACGAUUGUCCUAAGAUAGUGGCCAAUUCGAUAGCCAUACUUGGCAGGAUGGCAGCACAGGAAGAAUUGCGCUGUCAAGUGAUAUGGCAGGGAGUGGUGCCAGCGCUGGUGGAGCCUUUAAAAUCGACAGACAUGGAGGUCCUGCUCAGUGCCCUGCUGUGCCUCUGUGAACUGGCCUUUGAGGAAGAAGCCAGGCUAGAGCUGCAAAGCGCUGAGGGUUUCGAACCACUCGUCAGUUUGCUGCGUUCCAGUCACACGGAGGUGCUGCGCUGCGCAUGCAUGGCGAUCAGUGUGUGUGCCAAGGAUGAGCCCACUGCUCUGGAGAUGUGCAGAUUUGGAGCCUUGGAAAUCCUUCAAGAAAUCAAUCUAUCAAUAAACCGUAGGAGCAAGUUUACAGAGUUUGCCUUGAUCAGCCUGCUCAAAUACAAAGUGUCUCUCAAAUAUGGUCUGCUUGGUUAUUUGGCCACAGGUGAUAUCAUCCCUGAUGGCUUCUGUGAUACUGGAAAGGUUGGUUUUGGUCAGACAGUUUUGAGCUUAGAAGAAAUGAUCAUGGAGCCAGUAAACGAAAAGCGUCCGGUCUUCCUCGUCACCUCAAUGGAGCUGAGCGAUGAAGCGCCGCAGAAAGAUGAGGCCCAGUUGCAGUGUUCGCAAGAGAGCAAAAGUAAAGUAAUGGAUGACGUCUCCUUGCGGUUUCUAGUUAAAGAGGUCAAGGAGUCUGACCUGCUUUUGAAUGAUGAAGGGGAACAAUACGCUGCCUUGGCAAGGUACGUAAGCGAUGCCAUGGGUGGACAAAUUGAGCUACAAGAGUUGGAAACAUUUGCAUGGGUGCAACAUCUAGAUGAGCUCAAACAUCGACUGACGUGUAACGUGAUUCCCAUUGGCAUGAUCAGAAAAGGAUUCUACUGUCACAGGGCGCUUCUUUUCAAGUACUUGGUUGAUUGCAUCGGCCUGAGGUGUACUCUGGUCAGAGGUGACUACAACCGAGCUUGGAAUGAAGUACUCAUCCACAAGGAAGAUCCAUGCAGCAAUGAAAACUGCUCACAGCCACGUUGCUAUAUUGUGGACCUCAUGCACCAGCCUGGAAACUUACUGGAGGUUAAUAGUCCUGCUGCUAGUGAUUAUAAAAGUCUAUAGAGGGCGAUGUACUGUAGGAACUGUAACUGUAUCCCAGUGUAAUUGUACAUUUCCUGAUUGUCUGUAAAUGAUCAGUAUAUGGUCCAAGUACUGGUUAAGUAUUUAUUUGUGAAUGAACAUUUUAAACGUUAAAUGUGAAUGAACAUUUUAAACGUUAAAUGUCCCAAUAAAGGU